CGACAACACGCUGCUGCAGCACUGCGCGCUGAAGGCCGCGCACCGCCUGUGCCAGGUGUCGGAGGAUGUCAAGAAGGCGAUGGGCGACGCCGGGUUCAUGCCGGAGCUGGUGGGCGUCCUCGGCGCGUCCAGUAAGCCCCCCGAGGCGCGGGAGAUGGCGGGCGAGUCGCUGUGCGCCCUGGUGACCGUGCCCCGCAACCGGAAGCGGUUCGUCCAGGAGGACCGCGACGUGGCGCGGGUGCUGCAGCUGCUGGGCCCCGACGAGGAGAAGGAGAAGCCCGCGCCGGCGAGGCGGUUCCUGCUGUCGACGGUGGCGCACCUCACGGACAGCAGCUCCGGCCGGAGGAAGAUCAUGUCCUCGGAGCACGUCAGGAAUCUCGAGAAGCUUGCGGAGGCCGAUGUCCCAGACGCCAAACGGAUCGUGAAGAGGCUUGGCGGGAGCAGGCUGAGGAGCAUUUUCCAUGGCAUUUGGAGCCUGUAAUGUUCUGUUGUAUUGUAACCCUUGGAGGCAAGACAAGCAGUCAAGCACGCAGUACGGCAGUAGUAGUGUCUCUGGCUAACACAUACAGUACUAUUGUUCCUUGCAUCUUUUGUUACUGUGAAGGAAUCAAAGAAUGAGUCACCCAGUGAUUUGCCCC